AUGAGCUUGUCCCCAGGUGCCGCCUCCAUCCACACGCCCAGCCAUGGAACAGUAACGCUGCUCAUCCUCGGCGCUGGAUGGACAUAUCAAUUCCUCCAUCCACUUCUCGAGAGGGAAUCAUGCAUAACGUACGCGGCAACCACGUCCACCGGCCAUGACAACACCAUUGAAUUCAGAUUCGACCCAGAGUCCGAUGACCUUGAGCCAUUCCGGAGGUUGCCGUUGGCCGAGUAUGUGCUGAUUACGUUUCCGCUGAAAGGCAAAGGACCGAGCAAGAAGGUGGUGGGCAUGUACGAGGCCACGCAUGCGCGAUCAUUGAGCCCUGAGGCAGGCUACGGUGUCGAGAUAGCAACCGAGACGAAAUGGAUCCAAUUAGGCAGCACGGGCGUCUACACUACCGCCGACUGGGUCAAUUGCGACACGCCAAUUGAUGGUUCCAACGAACGAGGGAUCGCGGAGGACGAACUCAUCGCCUUGAACGGCUGCGUGCUGAACCUUGCGGGUCUCUAUGGCGCGCAACGACAACCGGGAAGUUGGAUCCCUCGAGUGGCAAAGACGCAAGAACAGCUCGGCGACAAGGGGGCUCUACAUUUGAUCCACGGCAUCGAUGUUGGUAGAGCGAUCAUCGCGGUGGUCAAGGAGGAUCAACGUUGUAGCAGUGCGUCAGAACCGGAUGCGUCGCCGGUCUUCGGGAGGAGGUGGAUUAUUUCCGAUUGCGUCAGUUACGACUGGUGGCAGAUCGUGUGGGACUUCAAUGGCGAGUCUGAGGAAGCGGUCUUCUCAGAGGAUGAUACUGAAAAGGCGGCAGAGGUAGACACGAAGGGGAAGUAUCGCGGCUGGGUCAUGGACUUGAUGGACAAGAAAGGCGUGCGAGGUCUCCCGAGACCGCCCGAGCUGUUGGGCAGGAAGCUGGACGGGAGGGAGUUCUGGUCCAGACUUCGACUGAGACCGGAAAGGGCGUUGAAGAGGUGA